UGCCACCGUUGGCUGCGUCGCAGUUGCUGUGUUUUUUCGACCCGGCCGAAACAUCAUUUGAAUUAGUCGCUUCGUGACGUUUGAACGGUUCGAAACAUACGCGAACCACACGGCGAGCCACAUACGGUUCGAUUUGAGCUUUACCCGUUAGCCAAUCCGCUUUACCCGUUAACCGAUACCGAGAUGAUGAGCCAAAGAGGUCUAUAACGCCGCCGCCAAGUUCAAUUUAAUAAAGAUCCGAUUGGAAAAAGACAGAGCGCUCCACUGGCUGCACGUGACUGGAACGGGGCAUGUUAAAGGACGCCGACCAGGAGCUGAUUAAACGCCGCCAACUGACGUCGCUCCCCAUGACCGACUUCGCCCGCCAGGUGGCGCCGCCCAUCCAGCUGCCACUACCGCUUCCGUUGCCGCUCAACCUGCCGCUGCCGCUGCCCUUGCCCCUCCUGGCCAAAACCCCCGGCAGUGACCACGCCCCUAUGCACUCCACACCACCCACAACGCCACCCACGCCACCCCCGCUGCCGCUCAACAUGAGCCAGACGAAGACGGCCGAGGCCAGCGGUGGCCGACAGAGUCCACCAACCACGCCACCCUCCUCGGGUGCGGCUUUGGCCCAUGCCAGCUCCGGGCCGCAGGACCACUACAGCCUGCGGUGGAACAACCAUCAGAACCACAUUCUGCGCGCCUUCGACGCCCUGCUGCAGACCAAGACUCUGGUGGACGUGACCCUGGUGUGCGCGGAGACCUCCAUCCGGGCCCACAAGAUGGUGCUCUCGGCCUGCUCCCCCUUCUUCCAGCGGGUGUUCGCCGAGACGCCCUGCAAGCACCCCGUGAUCGUGCUCAAGGACUUCCGCGGCUGGGUAGUCCAGGCCAUCGUGGACUUCAUGUACCGCGGUGAGAUCAGUGUGCCCCAGCAGAGGCUCCAGACGCUCAUCCAGGCCGGGGAGUCGCUUCAGGUGCGCGGUCUAGUGGAGAGCUCCGUGCCGGAGCACACACCGACCCCCGCCGCCUCGCCCGAUGACUUCGGCAUGCUCGACACAUCCAUGCUCUCCUCCAGCUUCGAGGACGACGGUCCCCCAUCAAUGGUACGCCCAUCGGCAGCGUCCGCUGGCAAGCAACUGAUGAUGCCCUCCGCCGCUCGGAUGUUCGGCAGCCAUCACUCCACCUUGCUGAGCCUGCGCCGCAAGAGGGAACAGGAGCAGGAACUGGAGAGUGACCAGGAGUUGGGGGGCAGCUCUCCGAUGCCCCGACGAAAGCAAGCACGACCCCGUCGUCGAUCCGGCGACGUGCCCCAUGACUUCGCCCUCGGCCCCAGCAAAUCAGAGACCGAAUCGCUUCAGACUGUGAUCAAGCAUGAGCUGCUGGAACGGACGGAGAGCAAUCAGGACGAGGGGGACCAGGACACCGAUGCACGAAGGAACGACUCUGCGGCGACGGACACCUCCGAAGAAGAGGUCAAGGACAAGUCCGCAGAUCAGCCCCGAAAUGUGAAUGAUUGUCGCCACCACCGACUGGAUCUUGACGACGACGAGGAGGAGGAGGGAAUGCAGGAUCGAGAUGAUCCGAAGGAGGAGCAGGAGGAGGAACAGGACAUUGAAGAGCUUAUUCACACGACCAACGAGCUGAGGCGACAGGCUGCCGCGGCUGCUGCCAAUGCAGCGGCUGCCAUGUCGCCCACCCCCUCGCCCUGUCCCAGCGACGGGCCAGAGGACCUCUGCACCACCAAGAAGGAGAAGAAGGACAGGAGCAGCUACUCCACGGCCGCCCCCUCGUCCGACUGCGAGUCAAACAACAACAACAGCAGCAAGCUGCAGGACAAUAACCAGCGCAUUAUGCUGUCGCUGAAGGACAUCCGCCAACUGAACGCCAAUCCGAACGGCGGCCAAAAUACGACCAGUGGACCAGGAUCGGGAUGCAACAAUAACGGCCUGUUAAACUUCCCCCCUCCGGGAAUGCGGCCACCCGGACUUCCGGACAGUCCGCCCUGCCACAUGGAAGCCUUGGAGGCGCAGAUGCACGCCGCCGCCGCCGCUGCAGCAGCAGCCGCGGCUGGCGACCAUCCCUUCCACCACAUGGAGCACCAGAUGGAGAUGUCCCUGGCCGCGGCCGCUGCAGCAGCCGCGAUGCACCAGAGAGAGCCACGGGACCCCCGCGAUCCUCGCGACCACAACGCAUUCGCCAGCAACUUGCUGGGGCCCAUGGGUAUGUCCCCGUUCGGAGGACCCAAUGGAGGAGGACCAUCGGGCCACAACUCCGGCCCAGCAAGUGGCGGAUGUCCUGGACAGGCGCCGCACGAGAGACUCGAGGAGAGCAUGAACCGGCUGAGCAAGGAGCUGGGCAAGGACUUCGGCAAGGACUUCGCCCCCACAUCGCCCAUGAGUCUGCCGGGGCACUUCAAUCCGCCGGAUGGACCACCUCAUCCGCCUUCACCGCUGCCCUUUCCUGGCAUGUCCUCGGCGAUGACGCUGACGCCGCCUCACAUGUUCGGCCUGGACUCCCCACUCGGACUGUUCCCGCCCGGAAUCGAUCCUGGCAAGCUCUACAAUCCGCUGAUGGAAAUGAGCGAUCCGCGGGAAAUGCCGGGAGGACCACCGCCGUUCCUCAAGAAGAAAAUGCCCCGACCCAAGGGACAGCACUCUGCGCCUCGAGGGGGUCCCCCCCGCUCCUGGACGAACACAGAGCUGACGGAAGCGCUCCAGCAUGUGUGGAACAAGAAGAUGACCACGUCGCAGGCCUCGCGCAUCUUCGGAAUCCCCUACAACUCGCUUCUGAUGUACGUGCGGGGGAAGUACGGCAAGAGUCUUAAGCUGGAGCAACUGCGCAAGGACUGCAUCAGCGGACCGCCAAUUGAGAUGCUCCAGAUGGGCAUCAGCGGGGGUGGGGGCAGCGGCAGUGGCGGCAGCAGCUCCAGCAAGAGCGAGAAGAGCAAGGAGCGCAAGGAGAAGGACAAGGAUAAGAGCUCCUCUGGCAGCCACAACAACUCCGGUGGCUCGGGCAACUCUUCUUCAGGCGGUCCAAACUCCGGAAACGGACCCCAUCAUGGCGAAAUGGGGCCACUGGGCUCCCUCGACUUGGAGCUGGGCUUGCCUUUGGGACCGCCGGGCGGACCUCGAAGUGGGAGCUCGGAGCCCGACCUGCUAGGCGGCCCGAACGCCCUAUUCAACCCCUUCAACCCGCAGGGCUUCUACCCCGACUUUGCCGGUGGCUUCCCCGGGCUACCGCUUAGCAUGCUGAACCUGCUGCCGCCGGCGGAACGACACCAUGCGGCGGCCGCCAUGCAUCACCUGGGUGUCACCAUGGACGAGGACUGCAAGUCGGUGGGCUCCAAGCAGUCCUCCUCGCUGGACGACGACUUCCCGGGCUCCGGGCUGCCUCUGUCGCUGGAACAGAGACGGGAAUUGGGGGCGAGCGGACCGCCGCCGGUGGCGCAGUCUAACGGGAGCUCUGGACAAGAUUGAAACUUGUGGCCGGAUUGGGCAACCGGCGCGGCUGCCAACGCCAAUCCACCACUGUACUUCCCGGCCCUCGAGCCGAGCCAGGACCUGCCGCCGCACCAGGUGGGCUGCCGCGACCUCAGCUUUAAACCGGACAUUUUCCUGGC